AUGUCAGAAGAGGGGGUCAUGCUCAAGGUCACUAAGGACCUUAAAGCUGCUGUCUCUGCCAUCCUCCAGUGCUACAGGGACAGGCAGGAGCCAGUGACCGAUGCCUGUGCUGAACUGCACAGACUCUGCGGCUGCCUGGAGCUGCUGCUGCAGUUUGACCAGAAAGAGCAGAAGAGCUUCCUAGGACCUCGAAAGGAUUACUGGGACUUUCUCUGUACGGCCCUGCGGCAGCAGCGGAGAGACACAGAGGCAGCCCGCUUCGUCUGCUCACAGGACAAGUUGAAGACUCCUCUGGGGAAAGGCCGUGCCUUCAUCCGCUUCUGCCUGGUCCACAGACAGCUGGCUGAGGCCCUGCAGCUCUGCCUCCUGAACCCAGAGCUCACCAGGGAAUGGUAUGGCCCCCGGAGCCCUCUGUUGUACCCAGAACUCCAGGAAGACUUCCUGGACUCUCUCUACACUCUCAAUGGCAUGGCCUUCAACUUGGACCUGCAGCGGCAAGAUCUGGAUGAGGCCUGGCCCAUGUUCUCAGAAUCACGCUGUUCCAAUUCCAGCCAGAUCCAAGGAAGAAGACCCGGGAAAACCAAAGAUGCCCCAAAGGAGAUCCCAGCUGUAUAUGAAGGUCCCACAGGAGUCCAGCUAGACGAGCCACACACCAGUCAAGCCAGCUGUCUGCAAGAUGCACCCAGGGGACACCAGUUGGUUAGAGUCCCUGAAUCCCAACAACAAAGGCAUCUUUCCUGCUUUUUGGAAAAGAAGAAAGAAGACUCCAGGAGCCUCGAAUCCUCCCAGAGCUUGGGGGAUGCAGAGUGGGAGGAGCUGGACCAGAAGGAGGGAGCCCCAUGGAUUGAAAUCUUCCUGGAGAGCUCCACACCCAGCAUCCCGGGGCAGGGGGCCAAGGGGCCUCAGAGGCAGGUGAUAGGGAGGGAGGCUGAGGGCAGAGGGCUUCUGCCAACUGCAAAGGGUCAGAGAACCACAGAGGGGACUCAUGAGGGAGGAUCAGAGUGGGGUCAUGUCCAGAAGCUGCUGGCCUCCAUCCCCAGAGGGGCAACAGAGGAAGCAACACCAGGGAUCAGACAAGAAUGGGAGGGGCCGAGAGCUCUGGGAGAGUCCUUAUUCUUUCAGGGCCUGGGAACACAGGAAGGCUCCCCCACAACAGUGAAGCCACAGAAGCACAUGGGAAUGGCCAGUGUGGUCAGAAGGGAGGAACAAGCUGAAGUGCCCCUGCAGGACAUGGUCGAGAGCCUCAGGCACGAGCUUCAGAAGGCCAGGGAGCAGGCCGAGUGCCAGGAGCAGCUGCUGAGAGAAGGGGAGCAGGAGCUGCAGGCACUUCGAGAGCAGCUCCGCAGGUGUCAGGAAGAGAGAGCCCUGCUACAGACACAGCUGGAACAGAAACAACAGGAGGCUGAGAGGAGAGACGCCAUGUACCAGGAGGAGCUUGGAGGACAGCGGGACCUGAUUCAGCUCAUGAAGAAGCGGGUGUUGGAACUGAUUCAGGAGAAGGACCACCUGUGGCAGAGGCUCCAGCAUGUCUCUUCCACGGCCCCUGGGUGCUGUGUCGGCUGUGGCAAGAUCUUUGGCCGACUGUCUCGGCGGUAUCCAUGCAGGGUCUGUGGAGGCCUGCUCUGCCACGCCUGCUCUGCAGAUUACAAGAAGAGAGAGCGCUGCUGCCCACUCUGUGCCCAGGGAGUGGAUGCCCAUGUCCCCUGA